UUUGUCAUGGCUACAGGAGGUAGCCCCUUUGAGGAAGGCAUGAAUGAUCAGGACUUGCCUAGCUGGAGCAAUGAGAGCCUUGAUGACCGGCUGAACAACACGGAUUGGGGAAGUCAACAGAAGAAAGCAAACAGGCCUUCAGAAAAAAAUAAGAAAAAACUUGGCUGUGAAGCAGAAACGAGGCUUACUAAUGAUAUAUCUCCAGAGUCCUCACUUGGUAUGGGUCGGCGAAAGACCAGGACUCCGCAUAGUUUUCCUCACACUAGAUAUAUGACCCAGAUGUCUGUUCCAGAGCAGGCUGAGCUAGAAAGACUGAAACAAAGAAUAAACUUCAGUGAUCUUGAUCAGAGAAGCAUUGGAAGUGAUUCUCAAGGCAGGGCAACGGCUGCUAACAACAAACGUCAACUUAAUGAAAACAGAAAGCCCUUUAACUUCCUAUCACUGCAAAUAAACACGAACAACAGCAAAGAUCCCUCCUCAGGUUCCCAAAAAAAGGAGUCCGGGGGAUCACUGCAAUGUAAAGAGUUAUUUGGAGCUGCUCUAAGCAAGGAUUUCUUGCAAAAUUGUCAGAUCUCUAAUCAAGAAGAUGGAAGAGGGGAGCCAGCUAUGGAUAGCAGCCAGAUUGUGAGCAGACUAGUUCAGAUUCGCGACUAUAUUGCUAAGGCCAGCUCCAUGCGGGAUGAUCUUGUAGAGAAAAAUGAAAGAUCGGCCAAUGUUGAGCGUUUAUCACAUCUUAUAGAUCACCUUAAAGAGCAGGAGAAAUCCUAUCUGAAAUUUUUGCAAAAGAUGCUUGCUAGAGAAAAUGAGGAGGAGGAUGUUCGGACUAUAGAUUCAGCUGUGGGAUCUGGUUCUAUAGCUGAGAGCACAUCACUAAACAUUGAUGUGCGGUCUGAGGCUUCAGAUACGGCCAGAGAUCCUCAACAGGAAGCAAAAGAGGAGCUGGAGAACUUGAAGAAGCAACAUGAUUUAUUGAAAAGGAUGUUACAACAGCAGGAGCAAUUGAAGGCUCUUCAAGGAAGACAGGCAGCUCUUCUUGCUCUCCAGCACAAAGCAGAACAAGCAAUUGCUGUCAUGGAUGAUUCUGUUGUAACAGAGACCACUGGCAGUGUUUCUGGAGUAAGUCUCACAUCAGAACUGAAUGAAGAAUUAAAUGACUUAAUACAGCGCUUUCACAACCAGCUUCAUGAUUCUCAGACACAGUCAGUGCCAGAUAAUAGAAGGCAAGCAGAAAGUCUUUCACUUACCAGAGAGAUUUCACAAAGUAGGAAUUCUUCAACAUCAGAACGUCUGUCAGAUGAGAAGGUACAGCUUUUUAACAAGAUGCGGAUGUUGCAGGGUAAAAGGCAAGAAUUGGACAAAUUGUUAGGAGAACUUCAUACACUUCGUGACCAGCAUCUAAAUAACUCCUCUUUUUUUCCUGCAUCAGGUUCUCCUCAGAGAAGCAUUGAUCAAGGAAGUACAGCGUCAGCUGCUUCUGCUCCUGCAGGCAUAGUGACUGUUGUCAACGGUGAAUCCAACAGCCUGGCGUCGUCGGCUCCCUAUCCUCCCGAUUGCCUCACUUCUCAGAAUGAGAGUGAAGAAGAGGAAAAUCUAAACCCAACAGAAAAGCUCCAGAAACUAAAUGAAGUUCGUAAGAGGCUGAACGAGCUGCGUGAGUUAGUUCACUACUAUGAGCAAACAUCUGAUAUGAUGACAGAUGCUGUGAAUGAAAACACUAAGGAAGAGGAAGAAACAGAAGAAUCUGAAAGUGAUUCCGAACAUGAGGAUCCACAGCCUGUUACAAAUAUUAGAAACCCUCAGGGAAUCAGUAGCUGGAGUGAAAUGAAUAGCAACUCAAAUAUACAAUGUGGUGCUAAUAACAGAGAUGGAAGGCAUCUUAAUACUGACUGCGAAAUAAAUAACCGAUCUGCUGCUAAUAUAAGGACUCUCAAAGUAUCUUCCACUCUAGACUGUCAUAAUAGGGAGGAUGACAAAGGUGUUGACCUCCCCCAAGGUGAAGAUGAUGAAGUUGAGGAAGAUAGAGCUAGUGAAGAUUCUGUGUCUAGCCACAGAAGCAGCCUGGGGGAUGCUGCUGGAGAUGCUGAGUUUGAGCAGAAGAUUAGUAGACUUAUAGCUGCGAAACAGAAACUUAGACAGCUGCAAAACCUGGCUGCCAUGGUGCAGGAUGAUGAUCUGGAACCUCAAACAGCAGUUGCCAACACAGCUAAUAGGGGUGACUUGUUUUCGGAUGACACGGAGGAGACAAAGCAACAACCAAACAAUACCCGGGCAGGUGCCAACAAGCUACGAAAAGAUGUAGGACUGAAUGAAAAAGCAAGAGAGAAAUUUUAUGAAGCUAAGCUACAGCAGCAGCAACAGGAGCUUAAACAGUUACAAGAAGAAAGAAAACGACUGAUUGAAAUUCAGGAAAAAAUUCAAACGUUGCAAAAAGCUUGUCCUGACCUUCAAUUGUCAGCUGGUUUUGGUAACUGCCCAGCAAAUAGACAAAUUUCACCAACAACUUCAACUCCAGCCAUGAACGAGUGUCAUGGGGCUGCCAAGCCCCUACUUGAACUGGAUGAAUCUGUGCCAGUUGGCAAUGAGUUGUGGUCUGAGAUGAGGAGGCAUGAAAUUUUAAGGGAAGAGCUGCGCCAGAGGCGAAAGCAGCUGGAAGCGCUGAUGGCCGAACAUCAGAGGAGGAGGGAGCUGGCAGAAACAAUAUCCACUGUUGCUGCAUCUGUCAAAAGUGAGGGCUCAGAAGCUCAGCGCACUCCGCAGCAGAGCAGGACAGAGAAGACAGUGGCAACCUGGGGAGGUUCUACCCAAUGUGCCCUUGAUGAGGAGGAUGGAGAUGAAGAUGGUUAUCUCUCCGAUGGGCUUGGCCAUGCAGAAGAAGAGGAAGAAGAUGAAGAAUCAAGCUCUAAUGACACUUUCUCUGUUUAUCCCAAUAACAAUGUACCAGAAAGUGCCUUUUGUGCUAAAGAAAACAAAGACAGGUGGAAGAAUUGCCGUCCUCUUUCAGCAGAUGGGAAUUAUCGUCCAGCGUCUAAGAGCAGACAGCAGCAAAACCUUAGUAUGCGACGGCAGGAGAACCUUCGGUGGGUGUCUGAACUCUCCUAUGUGGAAGAAAAGGAACAAUGGCAAGAGCAGAUCAACCAGUUGAAAAAACAACUUGAGUUUAGUGUCAGCAUUUGUCAAACUUUGAUGCAGGAUCAACAGACCCUGUCUUGUCUACUACAGACUCUGCUUACAGGCCCGUGCAGCAUGAUGCCCAGUAAUCUUGCAUCUCCGCAAGUACAUCUUAUUAUGCAUCAAUUAAACCAAUGUUAUACUCAGCUGACUUGGCAACAGAAUAACGUUCAAAGGUUGAAGCAGAUGUUGAAUGAUCUAAUGCGCCAGCAAGAAGAGCAGCAGUGUCAAGAGAAGUCAUCCAAGAAGGACAGAGGCAGUAGUGCACCACCACCUCCAUCUCCUACUGUGUUUUGUCCCUUUAGUUUUCCCCCACAACCUGUGAACCUUUUCAACAUACCUGGGUUCACUAAUUUUUCUUCCUUUGCUCCGGGUAUUAACUACAAUCCAGUGUUUCCCUCUGGUUUUGGAGAUUUUGCACACAAUGCUUCUCCACAGGGUGAGCAGCAGCAGCAACAUCCUGUAGAUUAUAAUGCUUCUGGGAAAACUGAGUACAUGGCAUUUCCCAAACCAUUUGAAAGCAGUUCCUCUAACAGCGCAGAAAAAACAAGAAGGAAUCAUAGACAACCUGAAGAGGAAAUGGAAAACAGAGCAGUUUGGCUUCAUGACGGCCAGGAUGCCAAAAAGGAUGAUCAGUCUUACCUGAAAGCAGGUUUUGCUGUUUCAGUUCAAAACACUCCUCCUAGCCAUAACAAUCAGUCUGAUACGAACAGGAGAAGAGAGUUUGACGAGGAGUCUCUGGAGAGUUUUAGUAGCAUGCCUGAUCCAGUAGACCCAACUACUGUGACCAAAACAUUUAGAUCCAGAAAAGCAUCAGCACAAGCAAGCUUGGCAUCAAGAGAUAAAACACCCAAAUCAAAGAAUAAGAGGAAGAGUUCUUCCCAACUAAAAGGCAGAAUUAAAAGUACUG